AUGGUAUCGACGCGCAUGGUGAGACAUAUAGAGCUAUACGAGAGCAUACGCGACGGAAGGCGCGGAUAUAUCGACACCUGCCACACCAUCGUAUUCGAGCACCCAUACCCUGCCCUUACGCUGGCCGACGAGCUGACCAACCUGAUGCAGAUGUUUCGCUCGCUCGUCAUCGCCCGUGGCUACGUGCCUCGUCUCUAUUAUGACGAUACGGACGCUGAUUUUGAGACCGCUGCGCUCGAUGAGCGUGCAGCCAUCCUCUCAGUGGCUUGUGUCCCAUUUGUAAUCGACAGCGACAAGCCCGAUGCCCGUUUCAAGGAGAGCUGCAUCGGAUCGACCAACUAUCUUGCCGUGGUCGAUGCCACAUCGUGCGUGAUGGCAGGCCUGCACUUCGAUCAGGACACCGUGGACUUCUGGGCGCGACAGAGCGACGAGGCCAAGGCUCAUCUCAUGAUGCAGCAGCACGUAUCUGUCCGUGAGGCCAUCGAAGGCCUUGUGCAGUAUAUCGCAGGCAUGAAGCAGGAACUCAAUGCCGACGAGGUGCGUAUCUGGUCGCAGGGCACCGACUUCGACAUACCAAAGCUGCGCUAUUGCACCUCGCGCGUACUUGGCAUUGCCGAGAAGGAUCUGCCCUGGAAAUACUUCGAGGCGUGCGACGCCCGUUCGUUCGUACUCGAAGGCCUUGCGUCUAUCUUCGGCCGCAAGCCAGGCAAGAAGCAGUACGAGGACAUCCCGCAGGACGAUGCGCCGAAGGGCAGCAAGCAUGACCCGCUCUACGACUGCCGGCGCACCAUCUACAACAAACAGUACUCUGCGUUGAUACCACUGCUUCCAUAUAUCGACCUUGAGCGCGACUGGGGUGCUCGGGAGCUCCCCGACUCCACCCCGUCGUUUCCCUCCCUCUCUAUUCAGGGAGAGGUGACGCUGCGUCCGUUGGCCGAGAACCCCGACGAGCGUGUGGUGUGGGUCAACAAGGGUAAGCUGCGCCCCGCCGUGGUGGGCGACAGCUUCGUGCGACUUGCCACCACCACACAGCUCAGCGUGAAGGAGUGCCUGCAGCAAUGCCGUAGCAACGAGGAGUGCCAUAAUACUACGAUAGACGAUGACGGAGCUGUGCAGAUGCUCGAUGCCGACCAGUGGCGUGCCAACACGGUAGUGAUUGCCGACUCACCCUUCGACGCUAUCGCUGCCCAUUCGAUGCUUGCCGCCCGUGCCCGUCGCAGGGUGGAGGGCAGCGACAAGGCUGUGCCUGACUACCUGCACUUUGCCUUCCUCUCCAACCCGAGGAAGUUCGACAAGCCUGUCACACGGCUCAAGCAGGUAGCGAUAUCUCUUAUCGUUUCGCCAGGCACCGACUUUCAGGCCUGCCAGCGCGCCUUCGCUAUCUGCAACCGCCAUUCCACCGUCCUGUUCAUGUCUAUGCCGCAGCUGGCCGAUGGCAUCGUCACGCUGCACGACUUUACCCAUCGCUACGAGCUCAGCAACGACGAGCGCGUCAAGUAUCAGGGUAGCAAGGCGAGUAUGCUCUUCGACCUGAUGGCAGGCUCGCUUACCAUCGACCCCUUCCUACGCACCGCCACCAUCGACAAGAAGACGGGCAACGAGAAGGACUACAACUUCCAGCUCCAGAUACGCUCUGCGUGGCUGCUGAUGCAGAGUCGUGGAUAUGUGCGCGUCAUCGACCCCACGCAGCCCGACAAGGUAGGCCGCUACUAUAAGGUGACGGGCAACAUCGUCGAUGAGCUCAACCGCGAGUCGCUGAUGAGCAAGUGCCUGGAGGUGCUUACCGACUAUGCCCGAUCGAAGGCCAAGUUCGGCACGCAGGACUUCGCCAAGAUGUCGCAGGCCAUCCGCACCGCCAAGACACUCUCUGCAUCUACUGCCAGCGACCUUCCAGUCAUCACCCUCGACCGCCGACAGGGCUACGGUCCGCACAUCGACCAUUUCUUCUUCCGUAACGGUGCCUUGCGCAUCACACCCGAGAAGAUUGAGCUGGUGCCAUACGACCGUCUCGGAUUCUUUGUCGAUGCGCCUGCCAUCCUGCCUUGGGACUAUACCGAGCAGGUUGCCGAGGGCAUUGCACCCUUCCGUCUUUUUGAGAACCCCGAGUAUGCCACCCGACGCCAGGCGAUUGCCGAUGCCAACCUCUCGCCCAAGGAGCGCGCCCGCCAGAACCGCGAGCUGUACGAUUGGGCUCGCCUGAACCGCUGGUGCUUUGAUCCGACUGAAACCGACUGGCAUGGAUGGUGGCCGUUUAUGAAGGUCAUCCGCUGUUAUGCCAACGAGGAAUGGGAAGAAGAAGAGGAGCUGGAGUACGAAGGCCAUCAUUUCAGCGCCGAGCAACAGCAGUUCCUUAACGGUCGUAUCAUCAACCUGCUCAGCACCAUCGGUCGUAUCGUCUAUCGUUACCGCACGCCUAACUUCCUGCACUACAUGAUGGAGAAUGCCGUCAGCUCGGAGGGUGUUGCGCAGGGUGGUUCGGGCAAGUCGAUGCUGGUCAAUACCUUCAUUGCUUGUGUGCGCAAUGUGCUGAGCGUAGAUAGUAAGAAGCUCAACUCGCGUGACGACAUAGAGACCUCCGUUGUAUUCAACGCCUUCCGUCCUGGCUAUCACGACAUCGUGCAUGUCGAGGACUACGAGCGCGACAUCAAGCGCUUCUAUAACUACGUGACCGGCAACUUUGAGUUCCGUAAGUUCCACACCAACGAGACCGUCGUACACUCCGACGAGGCUCCUGCCAUCGUCAUCACAUCGAACUAUGCCAUCAAGGACGGCAUGGACGACUCAAGCGCAGGCCGCCUGAACCUCUGCGGUUUCUCGCACUACUUCCACCGCGAGAAUGAGAACCUCAAUCUCGUGCAGCGCGGCUUCGAUACCGUCAUGCCCGACUUCUCGACCAAGGCCGAAUACCUCACCGCGCAGGACCGAUCGCAGAUCAUCUAUGUCUGUGCCCUUGCCGUGCAGUUCGUCAUGGGUGUAAAGGACAAGAUACUUGCUCCUGCCCGCAACCUGAAGGAGCGCAAUCUGCGCACCGCGCUCGGCGACUCGUUCUUCGAUUGGGCAAGCGACUUCUUCUCCAAGCCCUAUAACCUUGGCGUGCCUAUCGACUUCCAGACCAUCUUUCAGGACUACAUCGAACUCUCCGACAGCUCGGAGGACAAGCAGAACAAGUUCUCGCCCAAGGCCUUCACACAGCGACUGCAGACCUACUGCCAGAACAAUGACCUGGUGUAUAUGCCCGAGGUGGCAUACCGUUCGAGCACCGACCGCCAGCGCCACUCGCUCACCAUCCGCUGCUGGGUCAAGAAGCGAUACUUCGAUGACCCGAAGCUCUGGGACGGUCGCCUCAAGGUUGUGCGUGAGCUUACACUCUCGCGCAAGGCCGUGGUCUUCUACCCCAUCGACAAGGUACCGAAGACCUACGGUGAGGUCGAGGCCGAGUUUAUCCGCUUCUGGGAUCGCCCCGACCCCGAACCUGUGCUUGACGAGGUGGGCAAUCCCGUCACCGUCAGCGCCGAGGAGCGUCAGGAGUGGAACGAGUACAUCGCCCGUCGGCGCGGCAAGUCGUCAUACGAGAUCGCGAUGGAGCGCUCAGGUGCCGCGCCAGCCCCAUCCUCCCCCGCCGCCCCCCUCUCCUGCCCCGCAGGCAGCACCUGUCAAUGGCAGCGUGAAUAUGUCGGGCAACAGCCUUUUCGACAAUCCCAACGGCGAGGCAGUACCAUUCUGACCGAUAGCAUAUAA